GCCAAAGGAAAUCAAGCUUGGAGGCAUAUUUCAUAUACAUUAUGAGCAAACCGACAUCAUUGAACAACUAGAAAGAUUAAAACAUUUUAAUAAUUGGGAAAUUAUUGAACAAAAUGACUUAACACCAUUAUGUACGUUAUUAUCAAAGAGGCUUAUAGCAAGGAUACAAGAGGUUAACGGAAUGAAAAUAUUAUAUAAAAGUAAUUUAUCCGUUAAUAUGCCAAAAGGCCACAAUAUUUUAAUUCAUUAUAUUCAAAAACCUUCAGUCGUUCCAACAUUUAAUAAUGUUAAGAUUUUUGCUUCUAUAAUUGUAUUGAACAAAGUAAGACCAUAUCGUAACGUGUUUGCAGUCAGGGUUGAAUAUAUGGAUGAUGAGAAUCCAUGCAUCGUAAUACAUCGUAUUGGACCGGCAAAGAAACCUUUUAAUCUUUUCAUUCCUUACAUGCUGAUCGGUUACGAGGAAGAACUACCAAUUGGAAAAUUUCAAGAUAAUGCAAUUUCAUAUGUUUGUACUAGAAAAUUUGUACCUGACGGCAAUAAUUUAAUUGAAUAUCCAAUUUCAGACGUUGAUUAUUGUUGGUUAGGUUGUCCUAUUCUAAAAUGUAAGGAAAAUCCUGGAUAUGAAUUUGGAAGCUCUAAACAUGUGAUUAGUUAUCAUUUCCGUCAUAAUGAAGAAAAUGACACUACGCAAUUAUGUUGCUAUGGUUAUGAUGCCGAAACCGACAAAAUUAGCAAUAACGAAGCAUUAACAUUUGAAGUUAAUUGUGCUAUCUUCACAAAAAAUACUUCUGAAGUUGAAGAAAUUGCUAGGCCAACCGAAUAUGAAUGGAGAAACAAAGAAUACACCGUUCUACCAUUUCGAUCAAACCCUAGACGCACAUUUACCGGAAAUAAAUGGGAUUUAUUUGAACACCCAAAACAUAUAUUUGCAAGUAUUCAAUAUUCCAAUCCUCCAAAUCAUCCAGCUUUUUUAAAUAUUCAUAGGAAAUAUCCGAUAGUAAAAUCUUUGAAUAAUAUUCCUGACAAAUCACGUAUUCCUAUUGGUUAUGUUGUAAUAAAUUUUGGAAAUUCACGGCCUAGCGCGAUUAAUACUGAUAUGAGUUUAGAAAUAAAAAGGGAUAAACCUUUAUCAUAUUCUUCUAUUAAUAAAGAAAUUUCACAGCCUAGCGCAAUUAAUGCUGAUAUAAGUUUAGGAAUAAAAAGGGAUAAACCUUUAUCAUAUUCUUCUAUUAAAAAAGAACAUGAAGAAAAAAAACCAUCAAAUCCUCCAUACAUCAUUAGAGAUACAAAGAUGGACAUCGAUCAAACUAUUUCUAAUAAAACCGUAAUAAAAUCGCAUAAAUUAAAUCAUGGCUUAACUAUUCAUCCACAAAAUGUAUUUUCUGCAGAAAAUUCAGCAUAUGACCUUAAAUCGGAACUAAAAAUAAAAGAUAUUGAAAAAUGUUAUGCAAAAGCAUUUGUACCCAAAGAUAAAAAAGAAUUAUUUUUAUUGAAAAAGCAUAUAGAUAUUGAAUCAUUUCAAUCAUUGCCGUCCAAAUUAAUUGAAAUGAUGUUGACUUCUACAAACUUUUUAAGUGAUAAUUCAUCAAUAGAUGAUAUUUAUCUAGAAAUU